CUGACCGGCAUGGCGGUGUGCGCUCGUCUUUGCGGCGUGGGACCUUCGCGGGGAUGCCGGCGUCGCCAGCAGCGCCGGGGCCCGGCCGAGACGGCGGCCGCGGACAGUGAACCGGACACAGACCCGGAGGAAGAGCGCAUUGAGGCUGGCGUGGCGGUGCUGUGUGGUGGGGGGAGCGGCCGGAGCUCGAGCCCCUCGCCGCCCCCGCGCUGUUCCCUGCUGGAGCUGCCUCCGGAGCUGCUAGUGGAGAUCUUCGCCUCUCUACCAGGCACUGAUCUCCCUAGCCUGGCUCAGGUCUGCACCAAGUUCCGUCACAUCCUGCACACCGACACCAUCUGGAGACGGCGCUGCCGGGAGGAGUACGGCGUUUGUGAAAACUUGCGGAAGCUGGAGAUCACGGGUGUAUCUUGUCGAGACGUCUAUGCGAAGCGUGUAAACCCUCGUGUGAAGUCGGGACGUUUCAUGAAAAUUCUUCCUGAUUACGAGCACGUGGAGUACAGAGAUGUGUACACCUGCCUGCUGCACAGAUACAGACACAUCUUGGGAUUAUGGCAGCCAGAUAUCGGGCCCUACGGAGGACUGCUGAAUGUGGUGGUGGAUGGCUUGUUCAUUAUUGGUUGGAUGUACCUGCCUCCCCAUGACCCUCAUGUGGAUGACCCAAUGCGAUUCAAGCCCUUGUUUAGAAUCCACCUGACGGAGAGGAAAUCACCCACAGUGGAGUGCAUGUACGGCCACAGAGGGCCCCACAAUGGCCACAUCCAGAUUGUGAAGAAGGACGAGUUCUCCACCAAGUGUAACCAGACGGACCACCACAGGAUGUCUGGUGGGAGGCAAGAGGUGGACCUGGUGAUGGAGAUUUUCAAACCAGGCCUCACGGAGUUCCGAACGUGGCUGAGGGAAGAAUGGGGGCGGACGCUGGAGGACAUUUUCCAUGAGCACAUGCAGGAGCUCAUCCUGAUGAAGUUCAUCUAUACCAGUCAGUAUGACAACUGCCUGACCUACCGCCGCAUCUACCUCCCGCCCAGCCACCCAGACGACCUUAUCAAGCCAGGCCUCUUCAAAGGCACCUAUGGCAGCCACGGCCUAGAGAUUGUCAUGCUCAGCUUCCAUGGGAAGCAUGCCAGGGCCACGAAGAUCACAGGUGACCCCAAUAUUCCUGCAGGGCAGCAAACGGUAGAGAUUGACCUCAUGCACCGCAUCCAGCUGCCUAAUGUCGAGGACCUCUGCAACUUCAAUGAGCUCUCCCGCAUCGUCCUGGAGGUUCAUGAGCAGGUGCGCCAGGAGCAGCAGCAGCAAGAAGACAGGACAGAGGACAGUGAGGGUGCCAGGCCACCCACUGAGAAGGUCUGGGAGCCUGGGGACAGAGGGGCUGCAGCUUUGAAGGAGCAGCCUGUCCAGUUUGUUCUGCCUGUGGGUGUGACCUCAAGGAACGAGGACUACCCCCGAACCUGCAGGAUGUGUUUCUAUGGUACAGGCCUCAUUGCUGACCAUGGUUUCACUAGCCCUGAGCGCACCCCCGGGGUCUUCAUCCUGUUCGACGAGGACCGCUUCGGGUUCAUCUGGCUGGAGCUGAAAUCCUUCAGCCUGUACAGCAGAGUCCAGGCCACCUUCCGGAAUGCAGACGCACCAUCCCCACAGGCCUUCGAGGAGAUGCUCAAGAACAUUCAGUCCCUGACCUCCUGACAGCCCCUCUUUCUGCUGGGGGCAGCUCCAGACCCCGAGACCUGGGAAGAGCAGCAGCAUGCACUUUUGAGAUUCAACCUUCCGACCAGGACACCCACCUUCUUGAAGGCAUCUUGGCUCAGCCACCUGAAAUACUUUUAUAGCGUGUCAGCGUAGGCCUGCACAUUUGUCAGUAGCUGAUGGGAAAGCUGAGCUGAGCAUGUCUUAUAACAACAACAACAAAAAAAGAAUUGGAGAAAUCGAGUUUGUCUUUGGCUCACGGACAGUUUUCUAGGGAUAACAAAAUCCUCCUUCAGGGAAGUUCAUGCCAAAACUCAGUCUCUUGAUUUAAGGGGUCCAGUGUGGAGGGGGUGCCAGCUGUACCUUUUGUUCUGCAGGAAGCAAAUGGAAGUGGCUGUGGGCCUGUGAGGGAGGGUCUUGGCGAGGUGAACUUCUGUGUAGCCUGGGCAGGAAGGGAGAGGCAGUGUUUGUGGAAAGAGAGCCCUAGUGAAUUGGGGAUGUCAGUCUAGGGACUGAGGACUGAAUUCCCAUUUCUCCUUUUUUUGCUUUGUUUGUUUUGGUUUGGUUUUUUCCUUUAUAUUUUUUUCACUUUUUUUGUGAGUUCCCAUUUCUCUACUGACUUACUUGGAUUUUGGACAAAAGCAUUUCACCCCCAUCUCAGUUUCUGAAUCAGGGAAAUGGGCUAGAGGUGUGGGUCACUAGGGAAGGUCACUGCAGGCCUUUGAGCAGCUUGGAGGCCCUGCGAACAGCACCGUGGGUCCUGGUCCCCAGGCAGCACCCAUGGCUCGCCCUGGCCUUUCUCCAGGUUUAGAACCUUCCCAGCAGUCAGUUCUAGUCAGUACUCAUUGCACAUAGUCCCCCCUCCUCGACACACACACUCUGAUGGUACAACUGCAAACUCAGCCACGUGUCCCAGAACUGGGUCAGAGUCUGUGUCUUUUUAUGACCCUGCAGUUAUUUUGUCUGCACAGUGUACACUGGCAUUGUUCUUGGAAGUGUUAAAGUGUCAGAAGUGGCUGCAUGAGAGGACUGUGCAGCCCCUUCACAGCUGAGAGGGCAGCUACCUAAGGGCAGCUUAGAAAAGUCACACUGUGGGCAUUGGGGUGCACUUUGGAGACCAGGACCCUCCUUCAUGGAGACCCUGAGCACUGACUCUUGUACUGGCGCUGUGCCCAUAUUAGGUUGACAACUACGUUUGGGGACCCCCUCUGAGGUCCGUGCUAAUCUCAGUAUCUCCUGAAGAAUGGAGCCCUAAAUGCAUGCUGGCCUCCAAGAAUGUCUCAGUGCUCCCUGUGGCCUGCAGAGGUCCAUCUCCACACCACCUGCCCAGGUGUGUGCUUUAUGGAGGGCAGGGCAGAGUUUCGUCCUCUCUUCCUUGCUUGUCCCUGUUGGCCGGGUUGUACUGAGUGUGAGGAUCCCCAGGGAAGGGGCAGCUUCGUGGCACCCUCAUACAGAGACUGACCCGAACUGUCUCGUGAAAUGUGUCCUCUGUUUUCCCAAUUAAUUUCCCCUUGACUGGCCCCCCCUUUUUUUUUUUAAUAAAAAAAAUCUCCACUGCCCUUAACUUCAGUUCCUUUGGCAACUUUGACCUUCUUUCACUUCCCAGUGUCACAAUUGACAGGCUCUGGGACACAUUCCCUGAGUGGCAAAUGGGCCCUCCCAGGAGGUUCUGUGGAGACCCGGAGAGGCAAGUGGAGAAGAUGAGGUCCCACCUGGGCAGCUGUGGGGUUCAGCCACCCAGCACCGUCAGCCGGAUCUCAUCAGAGAUUCAUACCCAGGGCUCACCUUCCAGGUCCUUCUGGCAGGUCCUGCAGUCAAGUCCAGUUUCCACAUCUUCUUCAGGACUGAGCUUGCAAGUAUCAGUGCUCCCAUCUUGCAGUAUGAGGUUUUUCUCUCGUGCCCAGCGUGGCCAGCCCUGGACUGCACAUGAUAGCUGUGGCCAUGAAGCUUUGAGGAAAAUGAAGAUGAAGGACAACUGGACAUGCUGGUUCUUGUUCUCUAAGUUUCACCAUUGUUUAAAUAAAGUCAAGAAAAUGCCUAUUUUACCCAGAGCAUCAAGCUUGCUCUGAAGGACUCCUCCAUCUAAGGCUUCCCCUAAGCUUUGUAAAGUGCACACGGAUGGAAGAUGAGCACUUCUGAUUAUAAACCAGUCUCAAAUUGGAA